AAUAAUCACAUCCCGCGCAAGGCGCGGGUUAUUACCUAGUUACAUAUAUUAUCUGAACUGGAAUAGAUUUAUGAAACUAGCUCCAGCUGGCCAAUUAACCCGAAUUUCAGCAGCUAUAUUAGAGACAGCUUCCAACAUAUAUAUACUUGGAAUGUCUCAUAACACAUACUAAUAUUAUCUGAACUGGAAUAGAUUUAUGAAACUAGCUCCAGCUGGCAAUUAACCCGAAUCUCGACAACUAUAUUAGAGACUGCUUUCAACCAUAACCACACUCAUAGGCCAUAGCCAUCGAGAUCGAGGUCCUACCACAAUCACACAUAUUCAUUAGUAUCACUAAUUACAUAUUAAAAUGUAAAUAUAUAAAUGAAAAGGUUGUUGACGUACCGUCUGAGAAUAUUAGUAUCUGACAUCUGUUAACGAUAUACAUAUUCUAAUUUUUUCUGCAAUAUACUAGCAGAUGUCAGAUGCUAUUAUUAUAAAAAUAUGGAUUAACUGAAGUUUCCAUUAAAAUAUACUAGCAGUCAUGACACUUUUACAUUCUUCCAAGAUCAUCAUUAUCAUUGAUACAUUCUCUCUUUUAUAAAAUAUAGAUCGGGCAUGUGCAUGAUCUUUUUGGGGAACUUAGCUUUUAGAAAGUGAGCUUAGUUAGAACACUUGAUUGUACGCACUAAUCACUAAUCAUAUCAUUUCAACUCAAAUAAUUGGAUAACACUAAAGUUAUGUAGCCUUUUCUGUUUUUUUUUAUUCGCCGUUCGUAGAUUAACUAACCUACCCCACUUUUCAUUCUUCCACUCCCUAUCAAACGCUUAUUGGCUCGAUAUUUAAUUAAUUUAACAUGUUAUUCCCAAUCAUAUUUUCAUAGUAUCGAGAUUUGGUUGAUACAAGAAAAUAAAAAUAUAUAUUUGGUAAUGUCUUAAUAAAUCUUGAGUAUACCCAUAUCAGAAGUCGAGAGCAAGAAUCGUUUAAUAACCAAUUGAGUCUCACCGAAUGGCUUUUCUUAAUGAUUGAUAUCUAGUUUUUUUAAUAAUUAAUAGCAUUAGUUCAAUGAAAACUUACUAAACAGAAAAUUUAGAAUGAGAAUUGCCGCAAGUCUAGGAAUCAUUUAGAAGUGAGUGACCUAAUUUCAGAAUUGUAUUUACAAAUACGAAUGUAUGUAUCAUUUUAAAUUGGUUCCACUUCUAAUUAAGUAUUCAUUGAAGUCUAGAUAAUAUAAGCUUUGACAAAUCCUCUUAUAGCGCCUGCACAAGAGGGUUACCCACUUAAAAAAGGAAAUAACACUGAGCGGAUCUGUUAACAUUUCAUCUAGUCCUCUUUCAUAGCCUCAUAGGUAACAUUAUUCUAAGGUGAUUAAUCUUAUAUUUAUAUACCGCUUAUAAAAAUUUUGUUGGAAAAUAUAUCAAUGCGAUUGGAGUAUGUGUGAUUACAUUAUAACCAUGGAGUUAAUUAUUUCAUAAUCUAAGCAAAAGCGGACAAUCGAUGUUUAAUGCACUGUGUUUGUGUUUUAUUUAUGGGGUUACAUAUUUUGUUGUAACUCUGAUCUAAAAUUUUGUUUAAAAUUCAGGAAUAGAUGACACCUAGUAAAAGUUCGUGAUCACGACUCAGUAUCUUCCUUAAGUUGUAAACUUGAGUAAUCGCCAACUAAGCAUGCAAUAUUUGUUUUUUUUAAUAAAUUUUACUUGUUUUGAUCCCUUUUCUAUUGUUGUACACCCACUUGUUUAAUUACCUAAUGGCUAGAAAUAUGUAAGAAUUUAACAUUUCUUACUUGUACUCGAAACAUUUUUAUCAAUUAAUGACAGAUAAUCUACGAUUGCAAACAUAAUACUUUAUUAUCAGUACAUAAUACAAUGACCGAUGCUUUUGGAUUAUAAGAAAAUGUGAAUCUAUUAAUUGCAAUUCUUAAGUUGUAAGUGCAAAAUUCACCACUAUAGUUUAAUAAAAGGUUCUUUUUUUAUUAAUCAGGAGUUGAUAUGGGUCUUUGGCUCCCCUAGGCUGGAUGUAGCAUGUGGCGAUACCAAGACAUGGUGUAAAUCCUCCUCCCAACCGGAAUCAAAUUACGAGCAUACUAAAACCGGUCCCAAACGCUAAACCAAUAUUCCAAUGCACCGUUGGUAUGAACAACUACAUUUUUUUUGUUCUCAACAAUUUAAUUUCUAAACUAAUAUAAAGUCAAUUAUAUAGAUGUACACAUAAAUAACUAUUUAAUCAGUUUACAGAGAUAAUCCUUUAGCUUAACAUUUACUGAUUAAAAAUAAUCUUUUUCUAAUAAAUCAUAGGGCAAUAUUAGGCUAAUGGAUUAUCAAUGUAAUAUAAAAUGCAACGUCAUUAGUAAGUUCACGAUAAUCCCUUAGCCUAAGCUUUACUGAAAAAAGUUUUAAAAUCAGAUCUUAAUUACCUGAUAUAACUUGUGAUGUCAUUUACUUUUUAAGCCAACAUAUAGCAUACUAUAUACACUUUAAUUUUAAGAAACAAACUUUUUUAUCAAUAUAUACAUAUAUAUAUAUAUAUAUAUAUAUAUAUAUAUAUAUAUAUAUAUAUAUCCUAAUAUUUACCUCGAAGAGGUAUAGUGAUAAGUAAACUAAUACACUUUUUAAGGUCUCGGGUCUCAUUAUCAUAUAUAUUUCCUUAUUUUAAUCUUACGCAUGGAGGCAUUGCAUUAUUGAUCAGCCCUCGUAUGAAAAAGAAAUGUAUGUCUAUAAGUAGAGACAGAUAUAAUAACUAUAUUCUAAGAAUCGAAAUUUGGAUAAUGUGACGUAUAGAAUUUCAAGAAGUUUAAGAUGAUUAAACCUUACGUGUCGUUUGUGAGCCUAAAAUCCGACUUGCAUGUUAGGUCGCCCGCAAUUUUUCAACAAGUUACGUAGACCCGUAGAAAUAAGCCAGAGUUGCAAAAGGUUAAAUCUUAAUAGUUAUUUAACAAAAGGGAGAAAUAUAUAAGCGAUAAAAAUUAUACACAUUGGAAGCUUCUGCAAUUAGUCAAACAUCUAAAGCUCCGAAAGAACAAAAUUGAUUAAUAAGUUAAUUAGCAUUAGAGGAGAGGUUAAUAGUUGUUAAUACAUUGGGAGACAUGAAUCUUCAUCUCUCCUUUUAAAUGGAUCGAUAAGAUCAUAUCGACGGUGAAAAAGACAUGAGAUCAAUAGAUGCGAGAAUUUAACCUACCUGAUCUAUAAAUCUUGCGUUAAUAUUCGGACCGUAGAUAAAUCAGGACGUGUCGUCUGAGAUUAUGUGAUUAGUUGAUCAUAGUUAUAUUUAAAUGAUGGUUUGUGGGAUUCUGAUUUGUACUCGAGACUUUAAUAAUCAAGGAGUUGGAACACAUGUCCGAAUACGAAGCACGAUGACGAUUCGUAGGUUUUUUUGUGGGUUAGUCAAAAAGGGGCCGGGCCAUCAAAUUUUUUUAAAUUUAUGAGGUUCAUUUUUUAUUACCAUACACACACACAUAUAUAUAUAUAUAUAUAUAUAUAUAUAUAUUGUUGUGGUUUUAAUAAAAAAAGCUAACAAUCAAAUGUUUUAAACGUUCAAGCAAUUUAUAUGAAUCUUUUGUUCUUAAUAGUGCAGAAGGAUACAUAUUAACUUUAAUAUUCACGAAAGACAAUCAAUGUAUGUUAGGACUUGGGAAGGAUGUAGAGAUAAACAAUUGGCUUAGACAGAUAAAAACUUAAGAUUGCUGCUCUUACAUGUUUGAAGUAUGAUAUAACUUUUUUUGUUAUAACACACCGAAACCAUUUCCUCUGAUAUCUUAACUAUUUUCAUUUAAACACAUUAAAGUUCCAAAUGAAUACUUUACUACUGUACCUCUUAACCUUUAGUCAUUUAUGUCAGUAAAUAUGUGAAAAUGUAUGACUGGUAAGGUAAAAGAAAAGUUGUAUAGCAAAAGUGGUUAUAUAUUUAUUUUUAUGGGAAAAUGGCAAGUACUUCGAAGCAUUUUUUGGGGUGCAACAGCAUGUGUGAAGCUGAAAGCAGCAUGGUACACGUUUUCAGAAAAACUUAACUGAUUUGACCAAGACAUUUGUACUGUGUGGGUCAACAGUGCCAAUUGCUGUUUAAUUUGAACUAAUUUUUUUUUUUUUUUUGUAACUGGGUUUGAACUAAUUUCUACCACGUCAGAAAAAGCUUUUCGUUUGUUUUUGAGGAAAAACUCAAAAAGUGUGUAAGAUAUAUAUUCACAAAUUAAAGCAAUUCAGUUUUCUAAAUAAAGAUCUGCUGAAAAUAUUAUUUUUGAUAUUUAUUUUCAUUUUAUUGGUCUCUAUUUUUGGAGGGAAUAAUAUGUCGACUAAUAAUAGUUGACCUCACUUGUAGUUAUUUUUAAGAUGAUAAUAUAUAUAAUUUGUUUUUUUCACCUAUAUAUAUAUAAUUUAAAUCAUAUUUAGAACACCUUUAUAUUAUUCUUCAAAACUAAAUGUGAAAAUAAUAAAAUUGCUAUUUUGAGAGAAAAUAUAAAAAAAAUAUUGUACUUUUAUAAAGUGGUGUAUUUAAUCUAGAAUUUGAAAUCAUCUGAAUUCUAAUGAGCUUUUAUCAAACCAAAUUUUACGUUUACCACUUUCAUGGUACCAAUUUUUAUUUUUAUCACCAUUAAAAAGAUAUUUUCAAAAAUACAUUAUUCAUUAAAUUGCAAAAGAUUUUUAUACUCUUGAUAUCUAUAUAUAAUAAAUCAUUAUUUAAAUAAAAAAUAAAAAGAAAUAUAAUUUUUUUAUGUUUUUGAAUUAUACUUUUUCAAAUGCAAACUUUUUUGAAUUUUGUUUUUCGAAAUUUUUUUUUAAAAAUUAUUUUUGAAAAUUGAAAAUUAUGUUUGAAACUAUUUUUUUAAUUUUUUAUAUGUUUUAAGUAAUUAUUUAUAUAUUUAUAAGUAUUUAUUUAUAUAUUUAUAAGAAUCUUAAAUUUUAUAUUUCAAAAACUCUACUUCACCUCUCAACUCUAAACCCUAAGUAUAUAUUAGUUGUAAAAGCAUUGUAGUCUACUGGUUAAGGUUUAAAGCUUCUACACCCACAUCUGGGGGUUCGAAUCCCAGACUAUGCAAUUUCUUGUAGAUUACAGGAAAUCAAGGUUUCAAGUCCCGAAGAGAGCGAUUUAUUAAACAAUUAUGCAGACUACGGAAAAAAAACUUACAAGGGAUCUUCAAUAUGGUGCAAGUAAAAAUCUGAUCAGACGUGGAUCUUCAUAAAGGGCUCAAGUAAUGCAGUUAAGCAUAGGUCCUCAUAAGGUAGGUAGUAUAUCGUUUGUCGGAUCGUCUAUGUAAUUUUUCUCAUAUCAUAAUUGUAAUAACAUAAUAAAUUGGCGUUAAAAAAAUUUUAGAUUAGUUAACCUUAGGGGUAUAAGUGUAUUUUACCCCUCAUUAAAAAUGAAGGUAAAAGUGAUUUGUGUAAACAUGAAAAAUGGUAUUAUGAAUGUGAUAUUUGUGGCAAUUUUCUUAUAGAAUUUCACCUAAAUAUGAUAAUUAUUUUUCAAAAGUAAAUGAGAAUUUCUUUUCAAAAGUAAAUGAGAAUUUCUAUAAUAAAAUUUCUAAUUUUGAGAAAAAAUAUAAAAAUAUUAUUGUAGUUUUAUAAAGCGGUAUAUUGUAAUUUAGAAUUUGAAAUCAUUCGAAUUAUAAUGAGUUUUUAUCAAACCACUAUCGAAUUGCACCUAAAUAUGAUAUUUAGAAUUUUUUUUUCUUUAACAAGGAUUUUUAAACUAGGAAACCUUACUUAAACAUUUUAAAAUCACUUGAAAACUUCACAAACUUGAAAUUUAAAAUAUUUCAAUAGAAAAUAUUUUACAAAAUGAGAAUUUAAAUUACAAAUGAAAUUAAGUAAAUUUUAAAAUUUAUAUUUGAAAAUAGUAAAUUUAUUAAUUUAAUAUAAAUUACUUCAAGCUCUCCGUUGAAUACACUGCCUUAGUUUUUCUAUUUUAUAUAGACAAAUAUAAUAUUAUUUGUUUCCAUUUUCACAUAAACUUAAUUGUUUCUUUUAAUCUUUUCUUUCUAAACCUGAACUAUAUAAUCAAUAGAUCGUGGUAGUUACAAAAUUUUUACUUUUUAACACACUUUCUUAGAUCUCCCAAAACCAAGAAUAUAUAUGAGUUUCCGAAUCCUAUAUAAAAUUGCCUAAGCUAGCUAAUGUAAUAAAAUCCAUAUUUGGACUAAUAUAAUCAGUGAAAUGUUCUUCUUUUUUUUUGAACAAAAUCAGCGAAAUCUUCUUAACUUUCUAUAUCAUACAAGAGAAUUUCAAUAUUAGAAAUAAAAAUAAAAUGCAUAAGUUUCUUUUCUCCGAACCUGCUAAUUAACACGAUUACCAUAACUUUCUUUCUAAUCUUCCAUCCUCGUAAUUUUAUAACAUUGCUUAGGUAAUGUAAAGUAUCAUUUAAUAAUAAAAUAUCACACAUUAAAUAUUGACUAUAUUGGUCCAAUCAGUCCACCUCACACAUAACACAACUUUUAUAAAUUCCAUUUACAAGCCGGCCAUUAGCAUUCGUUCUAGAACGUAGCCGUAAGUGCACAACAUCUCUCUUUCAUCCUUCACAACUUUCUAGCUCCCACAAAUCUCUGGCAAAAGAUAAAACACACCCAAGUUUAAACUGGAACUUGUCCAUAUAGCUGAUUAAUUAUCAUGUAAGUAUACCUUUAUCUUAAAGCUUACAAUUAUCACUGGUGCUUGUAACUCAUGUAGUUUGAGAUCUUGUUCGUUGACGAAGACAAAACUGUUUAUUGUCUGAACUCACCAAUGUUGUCGCUUGUCUUUUCAGCGAGCUUUCGUCUUCUUUACUUUGAUUUUUCUUCUUUAUGAAAGCUCUGUUUCCUUAUUUUCUCCUUCAACACCAUACCACAUAAAUAUUUAGCUUUUUAACAACUAUUUUUCAUUGAGUUCAUUCUAAACUAUUAAAUCCGUCUCGUUAUUGCAAAGAUGGGUUCUUCAAACUCUACAUAGGUACCAUACACUCUGUUCUUUCUCUUUUUCUAACGAAGAAGCUUAUAAACCAAAAGCUUUUCCCAUGGAAAAGAAAUAACUUGGCUUCUUCCAUUUCAUGACAUGUGUUAUUAUUACAACGUGCUUUUAUAUAAUUAUCCUUAAUAAAGACUAUAAUUGAUUGUUUUUUCUAGUUAUAUUUAAUCUAUCUGUCUCAGAUUCUCCUGCAACUAGUUUUUUUCUAUAUCCCGUUGAAUUUCCGUGCUACUAGUAUUAUUUUUGAGUUCAAAUUUGGUAUGCGUUUUCUUAUUUUAUGUUAUAGUUUCUGUCUUUCUUGAUCUUUGAUUGGACCCAAAUUGCUCACAAAUAUUAUGUUAUUGUUUCGUUAUUAUUUUUAGAUUUAUCUUACGCGUACUAAUACCUUGCUUACCUUUUAAUCACCAGAUCCUCAUCCUAUAUCAUCUUCAAAUUGUGGUUCUUGACUUUUUACAAAAACGGUGGCGAGAAAAAUACAUAACUAUGGGGAAGAUCUUGAAAUCUAAGUCUUCUUGGCCGGGAACCGUUGUUAGGAAGUGGCUAAACUUACGUAGCAACGCUUACGAAUUUCACUCCGAUUACCCAGUCAAAGGGAAGAUGGAGCCGACUCAGCCGAGGAGGAAAAGUUGCUCCGACGGUGAUUACUACAAGAUCGUGCCGGAAAGGUUUCCAGGUUGGCUGGGCCAAGAAAAUGGGGAUUUCAAACAAUCAACGGAUGAAGAUCAUAUGACACGUGCUGAUGAUCUCAAAAUGUUCGUCGGGACAUGGAACGUGGGAGGGAAGUCACCACAUGAUGGAUUAGAGUUGAAAGAUUGGCUUAAAUCUUCCACCGAUGCCGAUAUUUACGUGCUAGGGUUUCAAGAAAUCGUGCCGCUAAAUGCUGGUAACGUACUUGGAGCAGAGGACAACGGCCCCGCGACUAAGUGGUUGUCUCUUAUCCGAGAAGCCUUGAACAACAACGACUUAUCACAAAAUGAUCUCGAACUUUCUAAAAAUCACAGAACCUCCUUCGAACUUACAAAAUCAUCACAACCUUCCCGUCGCAGCAUCUCUAAUUUCCCCGAUGAUAACCCAGUUGCAUGCAAUUCGACCCUUGAUCGAGGUUACUCCCUUGCAGCCAGUAAACAGAUGGUGGGGAUCUUUUUGUGUGUGUGGGUAAGAGAUGAUCUCCAGAAACGUAUUACAAACCUCAAGGUGUCAAGCGUUGGUCGUGGCAUCAUGGGAUAUCUUGGAAACAAGGGCUCGAUAUCGAUUAGCAUGUCGUUGCAUGAGACGAGUUUAUGCUUUGUUUGUACGCAUCUUACGUCCGGAGAAAGAGAAGGCGACGAGGUCAGAAGGAACUUAGAUGUAACCGAGAUAUUAAAGAGGACAAGAUUUUCGCGUUCUUCUAAAGAUUCUCAUCAACCCGAAAUGAUAAUGGACCAUGAUAAAGUUAUAUGGCUUGGAGAUUUGAAUUAUCGGUUAAGAGCCAGCAGCGACGUACAUGACCACCUUAAGAAUCAUGAUUGGGAGGCACUUCUACAGAAAGACCAGCUAAAGAUAGAACAAAAAGCUGGUAGAGUUUUUCAGGGAUGGGAAGAAGGGAAGAUUUAUUUCGCACCAACAUAUAAAUAUCACAUAAAUUCAGAUAAUUAUGUCGCCCAAACCGAAAAAUCAAAAGAAAAGCGUAGAACACCAGCUUGGUGUGACCGAAUAUUGUGGAAAGGUGACGGGAUGAAACAGAUUUGGUAUACGAGAGGAGAGUCGAGAUUCUCGGACCACAGACCGGUUCAAUCUCUAUUUUCGGUUUACAUUGAUUCAACUCAGAAUCAACCAAACCGGAAAAGUAAACCGAACAACCAAAACCAUCGUCCCAACCCGGUGUUGCCUUACACAUGCCACGGGAAAGUCCAGGCUGAAGAGAUCUUGUUGCUCACACGAGCACAAAGUUGUAUAGACACACAACCUAGACUUAUAUCGUCUGCUUCCUGAUUUAUUAGUUACUUUUUGGAUGUUUUCAUGUUGGCAAAGAAGAGAUGACACAUGGAUUCCUAGGAUUGGACAAUGGAGCUUUCAUAUUGGCAAAAGCAGGAUUGUUAAAUAUUUUUUUUAAUACUGGGUUAACUUUGUUUUCUUGGUUCCCUAUAUUAGCUAAAAUUUGGAAGAAAUGAUAGUUUUUUGUUUUUGGAAUUGUGGAGUUUGAGUUGUUGACUUUGUUUAUAAUGUAAAGAAAAAGCUUGUUGUUUAUAAAAAGUAAAUUUAAAAAUUUGCUUUUGUUCACUUUUUAUACUUCUGUUAGUAAGUACACAAUUUGCCCUAAA